AUUUAGUGGGUGUAAUCUCUUCAAGAUGAAUGAAAAUUGUUGCAAUCGUAUUUUAGCAAGAAAUUUUAUGAUAUUCGGCAUGUUGCUUUUAACAUUUUGCUGGGUGCCGGUCACAGAAGCUCAGCUGCACAAAAAUUUGAAGCACUACGAAACGUUGCAUGUCGACGAGCUGCGGCAUCGGAUUACUAAACGAGGAGCCACGCACAGUAGUCAUCCAUUUAACACCAUCAAAGAAGUGGAGUUUCGAGUGCUGGGGCGCGACUUUCGUCUGAUACUUCACCCCCACCGGGAGGUGCUGCAUAGCAAUUUUAGAGCUUAUUCGGUUGACGGCAGCGGAACGGAAUCGGUUGUCCAUUUGGAUCGUGACAGUUUUUUCAAGGGCCGAGUUUUCGGGGAAACAAAUUCGCACGUUAACGCGCACAUAGAGAACGGGAUUUUGACAGCGUCAGUCAUCCUGCCUGAUGAAACUUACCAUAUUGAGCCAUCAUGGAGACACCUUGACCAUCUGGAUGCCAAGCAUAUGAUAGCGUACAAGUCAUCCGAUAUAAAGUUUAGCUGGGAUGACGUAGAAGCCGUUGGGGUCGGCGAUAUGGGUGGCGUUCCGAGAACAUGUGGUUACGUAAAGGAAGGAUUGGAACUUGAAUGGGAUGACGAGGGAAGUGCAGAGGAAAGUACUAGCUCGGUGAAACCUGACCUGGUAGAAAUUGGAGAAACGCCAUCAGUUUGGAUAAUGCCAAAACCGACAGACACCGAAGAGCGGUCGACAAGAACAAAACGUCAGGCGGAUCAGUAUGAAUACACUCCUACUAAAACGCGUUGCCCGUUACUACUGGUGGCGGACUAUCGGUUUUUCCAGGAAAUGGGAGGAAGCAACACAAAGACUACCAUCAAUUAUUUGAUCAGCUUAAUAGAUCGUGUUCACAAAAUUUAUAACGAUACGAUUUGGCAAGAUCGCUCGGAUCAGGAGGGUUUCAAGGGUAUGGGUUUUGUUAUUAAGAAGAUAGUGGUUCAUUCGGAACCGACAAGGGUUCGCGGAGGCGAAGCGCACUACAACAUGGUUAGAGAAAAGUGGGAUGUUCGCAAUCUUCUGGAGGUAUUUUCUCGCGAAUACAGCCAUAAAGAUUUUUGUCUGGCUCAUCUUUUUACUGAUCUCAAAUUCGAGGGUGGUAUUUUAGGACUAGCGUAUGUUGGUUCGCCUCGACGGAACUCCGUUGGUGGCAUCUGCACACCAGAAUACUUCAAAAAUGGCUAUACGCUGUAUCUAAACUCUGGUCUGAGCAGUUCGCGCAAUCACUAUGGACAGCGUGUUAUCACUCGUGAAGCGGAUCUAGUGACAGCUCAUGAAUUUGGUCAUAAUUGGGGAUCGGAGCACGAUCCAGACAUUCCGGAAUGCUCACCAAGUGCUUCGCAGGGCGGUAGUUUUCUAAUGUAUACUUAUUCGGUUAGCGGAUACGAUGUAAAUAACAAAAAGUUCUCGCCCUGUUCGUUACGCUCGAUCCGCAAGGUAUUACAGGCCAAGUCGGGCCGGUGUUUUUCCGAACCAGAAGAAUCAUUCUGUGGGAACUUACGUGUAGAGGGUGAUGAACAAUGCGAUGCUGGUUUACUGGGCACGGAAGAUAAUGAUGCUUGCUGCGACAAGAACUGCAAACUUCGUAGGAAUCAAGGAGCGGUUUGCAGCGACAAAAAUUCGCCCUGUUGUCAAAAUUGUCAAUACAUGAUGGCCGGAGUAAAAUGCCGAGAGGCGCAAUAUGCGACGUGCGAACAGGAAGCACGCUGCACCGGCAAUCACGCCGACUGUCCAAAGAGUCCCCCGAUGGGUGACGGAACCAUGUGCCAGGAGAGAGGUCAAUGUCGUAAUGGAAAGUGCGUGCCGUACUGCGAAACGCAAGGGCUGCAAAGCUGUAUGUGUGAUACCAUGGCGGACGCCUGCAAGCGGUGCUGCCGGCAGAGCAUAAACGAAACUUGCUUUCCUGUGGAGCCUCCCGAUGUCCUUCCGGACGGAACUCCCUGCAUUCAGGGUUUCUGCAACAAGGGUAUGUGCGAGAAAACAAUACAGGAUGUGGUAGAACGAUUCUGGGAUAUAAUUGAGGAGAUCAACAUUAACAAAGUGUUACGCUUCUUGCGUGACAAUAUAGUCAUGGCAGUCGUUAUGUUGACAGCCUUAUUCUGGAUCCCAGUUAGCUGCAUAAUAUCAUACUUCGAUCGGAAAAAGCGAAAGGAAGAUUGGAAAGAAUACGAGUGGAGUCAAAAGCUAGAUCUUAUUCAUCCCAGUGAUCGACGACGUGUCAUCCAUAUAAGGGUUCCCCGGCAAAAAAUCACCGUAGCUCGCAUGUAAAAUCCAAAAGCGAACCUUAUGCACAUUCUAUUUCCCUGAUCGCAACGAUUCCACGUAAAUUUAAAAUAAAAGUGUCGGAAUUUCUUUUAACGAA